ACGCCCCGACCUCGAACCAUUUUCCUACAUUCAUGUCCUAAAAACUCUCUCUCUCCAUCUCUCGAGAAUUUUCUCUCGACGUUUAUUCCUCUCCGAUUCCAUUUAGAUCCAAUAUUCUUUCUAAACCAAACUGUACCCACUCCUCUAUAGAUCUAAGACCAUUUACUUCCUUACCAUUAUAGUAAGUUCAGAAAAUGGAGAAUGAUUACGCCCAGAAAAUGCAGAGAUGUCAUGAAUACGUUGAAGCUCUUGAAGAAGAACAAAAGAAGAUUCAAGUCUUUCAACGAGAGCUUCCUUUAUGUUUAGAGCUCGUCACGCAAGCUAUAGAGGCGUGUCGGAAGGAGCUGCCCAGUACAUCGACAACCUCAGAGCAGUGUUCAGAGCAGACCACUAGUGUUUCUGGUGGUCCGGUCUUAGAGGAGUUUAUUCCGACCAAGAAGAUCGAGGAAAACGGCGAACAUGAAUCUCCAACACCUGAAGAGAUCGGGAACAACGUUGAUAAGAAAAAAUCAGAUUGGCUCAGAUCUGUUCAGUUAUGGAACUCGUCACCGGAUACAAACGAAGUGUCUAAUCCGGAGCGUGUAGUAGGUAAGAAGGCGAAAGUGGUUGAGGUGAAACCAAACAACAACAACAACUGCGGUGGGUUUCAGCCGUUUCAAAGGGAGAAAAAACGCGUUUUCUCCGAGACUGAUCUUCAGCCGGCGGCGGUGAAAGCGGUGGCUUCAGCUCCGGCGGUGAAAGUAGUUGCUUCGGCGCCGGCGACGACCACUAGUUCCACCACGGAAACAUGUGGUGUGGGUAAAGGGGGAGAGGAACAUUUACAUCAGCAACAAUCGCAGUCGCAAACGCGUAGAAAGCAAAGGCGGUGUUGGUCGCCAGAGUUACACCGGCGGUUCCUUCACGCGCUUCAGCAGCUCGGAGGAUCACAUGUUGCUACACCAAAACAGAUCAGGGAUCAUAUGAAAGUCGAUGGAUUAACAAACGACGAAGUUAAAAGCCAUUUACAGAAAUAUAGACUUCACACAAGAAGGCCAGCGACUACGGUGACGGCGCAGGGUAACGGAAACUCGCAACAACAGCAGUUUAUGGUGGUCGGAGGGAUAUGGGUGCCGUCGCCACAAGACGUUCCUCCACCGUCAGAUGUAGCCAAUAACGGUGGUGGUGCGUAUGCUCCAGUGACCCUGCAACCACCACCACAACCACUACCACUGCAAUCUCCUAAACGCUCGGUGGAGAGAAGUAGCGGCCGGUGCAACUCACAGGCGGCAUCUUCUUCUACGAACACGACAACUUCUUCUCCUGUUUCAUAGUGUGGGUUUGAUUUUGUAGGUUUGAAGCAAGUGAAUGUAAGAUUUGUAACCAAAGAGUGUUCUUUCAUUAGUAUGUACACGAGGUAAGUAAAGAGUCUUUGUUUUCUAUCUUUUGGAUAUUCCCUUGUUGCUUUGUUUUUUUUUUUUGUGUUCAAGUUUUGACAGAUUUUAGUGA